AUGAGAGAUAGUGUUAAGUACGUCGCACCGAAGGAUCUGGUGGACAAGUUCCUCACUGUUGCGGAAUACAAUACGUCUAGGAAUCUGGAAACUUGUGGGAUUUUGCUCGGCACGAUGGGCGAUUCGAUCGCUGCUACUACUGGGGCUAGUGCGUCAGUGAUUCGAAUCACUCAUCUUUUUGUGCCACAGCAGAGCGGGACAUCAGACUCUUGCGAGUCUAGUGAGGAUAGCGAUGUUCAGGUUCUGGACUUUGCGCUCAGCAGUGGCCUCAUAUGUGUUGGGUGGAUUCACACGCAUCCGAGUCAGAGUUGCUUCCUCUCUAGUAUCGACCUGCAUACUUCACUGGGGUAUCAAGUUCUGUGUAAUGAGGCUCUGGCCAUCGUGGUCGCCCCCACGGACCGUCAGUAUCAGCCCUGUGGAGUCUUCCGUCUCACCGAGUACGGCAUUGCGUAUUUGAAGACGUGUCACCGAAGGGGAUUCCAUAAGCAUAGCGACGCCCAGAUGCCGUUGUAUGAGGUGGUCGGCGCUCGGGAGUGGACGCUGGUAUCUGAUGCUGGCGUAACGAUCGUAGACCGUCGUAUGGGGUGA